CUCUCAAAUGAGCGGAAAUCUAUUAUCUUGGUCAAGAAGGAGCCGGAGUGGUCCCCCAGAUGAAUGAAAUUUCUCGAUUGCUCUCUCAGUCGUUGUGCAGAAUGAGUGAGAUAUGAGCUAGAUCUGCUUCUCAUUUCUUCUCAUUCCUUCUGCUCCCCACUUUGACUGCUUGAGAAUCGUCAUGAAAACGCGGGGAGGACGCACUAGAGAGGAUCUACGUUUGACAUGUGACGAGGCGUGACGGCCGUGAUUAGGCUUUAGGAUCAAUCCGGGAAAACCAGGGUUGGAUUUUCUUUCGCCACCACUUCGGGCUGGUUUCUGCGCUCGCUGCCAACAUCCUUUCGAGGGCACCGGACCCGAGAUCAUCGAACAUCGGAGUGGGUAUCAUCGUGGGUUCCCAAUCCGGAGAAGCCGGACGGAGACCGUCCGGAUCAUCCCGCCGCUUCUGCGACCGGUCCAGAGCUCUGCUGGCUCUCACAUCUGGGCGCGGACCGACAACUUCAUCCAAUCGUUUAUAGGGCGCCCUGCUUUGGCUGGUAUGUCUCCGUCAUCAGCAUCCUUACCGGCGAUUCAAGCUCAACUCCCACUCCCAUUCCCACCAAACCUCUUGCGUCUGCAAUGUCCUGCUCUUCUGUGAUGGCAUACUACGGCUACGUCAGACAAUCACUCCAUAGGGCCUCUGAAAUCAAUCUCACCGUCUCCCCCCUCAUUAGACUUCCCCGCCUGUUCGUGCCACAAACUCGUCUUGAGCCCCAUCCUCUGAGACAGAGAUCCCUACCAGGCCCAGGCGCGAAUCAUCUAGAAGCGAUUCAUCAUCACUGCGCCAUUUCGUUGAAAAGAUACUUCACCGGCGCAGGCCCAGCUUCUUGCGCUCCGACUUGUCGCGCACUACCUCGCAAAGUUCCGGGACACAGACGAACCCGGACUUUGACACCAUUCGCACAUAAAUGCGGCGCAAGUUCCCAUAUAGACACUGUAUCCCCCCUUGUAAUCAUGUAUAUGUUGACCGGAAUGGAUUUCGAAUUUACGAGUUCAACG